AUGGGUGUUGACUUAGAAAGCUCCUCCGGUGGUGGAGGUGGUGGUGGUAACACAACUCAAAGAUCAGGCAACUGUCUUGUUAUAGGUUUGGCACUCUUGUUCUUUGUUCUUGGGGUAUGGGGAUUGAUCAAGUUCAUCAAGAAGAGAAGGAAGAUUAUCCGAAAGAGGGACUUCUUUAAACGUAAUGGUGGUUUAUUGUUGAAACAACAACUAUCUACAGAAGAAGGAAGUAAUGUGGAGACGACUUCAAAAAUAUUCAGCUCGAAAGAGCUUGAGAAAGCUACCGAUAACUUCAAUAAGAACAGGGUUCUUGGACAAGGAGGUCAAGGCACUGUCUACAAAGGAAUGUUGGUAGAUGGACGAAUCGUCGCUGUGAAAAGAUCUAAAGUUUUGGAUGAAGACAAAGUCGAGGAGUUCAUCAAUGAGGUUCGUGUUCUCUCGCAGAUUAACCAUAGAAACAUCGUGAAACUCAUGGGGUGUUGUCUCGAGACAGAAGUUCCUAUAUUGGUUUAUGAGCAUAUUCCCAACGGAGACCUAUUCAAGCGGCUACACAAUGAUUCAGACGAUUACACCAUGACUUGGGAAGUGCGUUUUGGGAUAGCUGUGGAGAUUGCAGGAGCACUUGCUUACUUGCACUCUGCUGCAUCUACACCGGUCUAUCACAGAGAUGUCAAGACCACAAACAUACUCUUGGAUGACAAGUAUAGAGCCAAGGUGUCGGAUUUUGGUACUUCGAGAUCUAUAAGCAUAGAUCAGACACACUUGACAACCCAUGUUGCAGGUACUUUUGGAUACUUGGAUCCAGAGUAUUUUCAAACUAGCCAGUUCACAGAUAAAAGUGAUGUUUAUAGUUUUGGGAUUGUCUUGGUUGAGCUUAUAACUGGAGAAAAGCCGUAUUCAGUUGUGCGGCUUGACGAAAACAGAGGGCUUGCAUCUCAUUUCAAUGAGGCCAUGAAAGAGAAUAGAGUUCUUGAUAUUGUUGAUUCUCGGAUCAAAGAAGACUAUUUAGAGGUAACCAUCGAAGAGGACGAAGAAGAAGAAAUGCCAAUGGAAAUGAACAUAGAUGAUUCUUGGAGCAUAGACAUGACUGCUCCGGCAUCUCUCUUUGAUUCAUUGCCUACGUUAGGUGUUGAACCACUGGUUCCUCAACGAACAUGGUCAUGAUGGAAUCUGGCAAGACUGCAAUGGUGUACCAAAAUGUUGUUUAGUUUUGUGAUAACAGUACGUCUAACGAAGGCAAGGUUUGCUUGCAGAUGUUUUCUAAUUAAAUUCUUAAGUACAUCACUCCCUACUAUCACUUUUGUGUUAUUUUUAAGUCAGUUUUAGGUUUGUUUAAGGAAUAUGUAUUUAAUGUACCAUGGUAGCUAUAUCUAGAACCAUGGUUACAUAAUGAUAUGUGUA